CUGACGCUACGGUAGCCGGGCUUUGGUUACUCCAGAGACCGCCGACUCAGGCCGGAUGGUUGUAGCGGGAGGAUCAUGACGGGAAAGAAGUCUUCUCGGGAGAAGCGGCGCAAACGAAGCAGUCAGGAGGCUGCGGUGUUGCUCGCGGUCCCGGAUCUGGUUCCUGUCCUCGCCAGCAGCGGCAGUGGAAGCACCAGCGGCUGCGGGAGUACUAGCGGCUGCGGGAGCGUCAACUGCUGUGGGAACACCAGCUUCAGUGGAAGUGUCACUGGCGGUGGAAGCGGCGGUAGCUGCUGGGGCGGGAACAGCGUGGAGCGCAGCGAGCGCCGGAAGCGAAGGAGCACCGACUCGUCUUCCAGCGUCUCCGGGUCCCUGCAGCAGGAAACCAAAUAUCUUUUGCCAUCUUUAGAAAAGGAAUUAUUCUUGGCAGAGCACAGUGACCUUGAAGAAGGUGGACUGGACCUCACUGUGUCAUUAAAACCAGUUAGUUUCUAUAUAUCAGACAAAAAAGAAAUGCUUCAGCAGUGCUUCUGUAUCAUAGGAGAGAAGAAGUUACAGAAGAUGCUUCCUGAUGUGUUAAAGAACUGUUCAGUAGAAGAAAUUAAAAAACUAUGCCAGGAACAAUUAGAACUCCUGUCUGAAAAAAAAAUCUUGAAGAUUCUUGAAGGUGACAAUGGUAUGGACUCUGACAUGGAAGAGGAAGCAGAUGAUGGCUGUAAGAUAGGAUCUGAUUUAGUCAGUCAACAAGACAUCUGUGUAGAUUCUACUUCAUCCCAGAACAAGCAACCUGAAUUGGAGUUAAAACAAGGCAAAGGAGAAGAUAGUGAUGUAUUAAGUAUAAAUGCAGAUGCUUAUGACAGUGACAUAGAAGGUCCAUGCAACGAAGAAGCAGCAGCUCCUGAAGUCCCAGAAAAUGCAGUCCAAAGUGGAGCCGAUCAAGUAGAUGAUCUGGAGAAAGACAUUGAGAAAAGUGUGAAUGAGAUUCUGGGACUGGCAGAGUCCAGUCCAAAGGAACCCAAAACAACCACCCUGACUGUUCCUCCAUCAGAAGAUGUUCAGCCUUCUGCACAGCAGCUGGAGCUACUAGAACUUGAGAUGAGGGCAAGAGCUAUUAAAGCCCUAAUGAAAGCUGGUGAUGUAAAAAAGUCAACUUAGUUAUUUAAUUUGAAUUUGAAUUUUAGAUGUGUUUGAACAAAGCCACAUCUUAUAAUUUUGUAUCUAAAAUUUAUUUUGGGUCUGAUGACAUUUUUCAUGUAACCCUUAUUAGGUAAACUCAUCUUAGGCCUAAGAUACCUAUGAUUGUUUUUUGUUACUUUUAUAUUAUAUGUAUGUGUUAUUGUUUGAUGAAUUCAUGACAAAUAUAGUUGGAUAGAUUGUUAGUAGAGUACUUAGCUUUGUCUGCAAAUUAAUAUCUUGGAAGCCACUAGCAAAGAGUCACAGUAUUUUUUCCUUCAUUUUGAAAUAUUUUGGCACCAAACCUAAAGGCUUAAGAAAGAUUGGCCAAGCAUGUUGCUCUUAAGGCUACUAUGUUUUACGGUAGAAUAUUAAAUUAUUGUUCCUAGAUUUUAACAAUUUAAAAAUUUUAGUUUUGCUCAUAUGCACUUUUAAAAUAUGUACUGUCUUGAAGAUGCCUUCUGUGGGUGUGGAUUUACUAGUUAAAACUGAAUAACUUUUUUUUUUUAUUAUAAGGCUUAGAGAUCUGAAAUGACCUAGGGAAACUUUUUUUGUAAAAGAAUAAAAGACUUAAUUUAAGGCAAUUUUAGCAAUGUAGAACCAAUUGCCCACGUUUAAUUCUAGCAGACAAACCACUCUAACAGGUAUUUGAUAGUACUGAAUACUUUCUUCAAGUUUUUUUCUUCAAUAAAAAAGGAGUAUUUUCAUUUACAUUCCAAGCUAUCAGGAAAAAAGAGAUUCUUUUAUUGUACAGCAUUUCAUCUGAUGUUUUUGCUUGAAAAUCUGGUGUACUAUAACUCCAUGGAUCAAAAAUAAUAAAGACUGUUAUUCUGGAA